AUGUCCUCAGAGAAGAUGAAAGAUCUCCACUUGGAUGAAAAAUAUCUACAACCAGAAACCAAAGAAAUUAAUGGAAUUCCUAUGACCAAGUUGAUAAGUGAUAACUGGGACAAAAUAUGGAAUUUCCAAGCGAAACCUGAUGAUCUACUCAUCUCCACCUAUGCAAAGGCAGGCACAACCUGGACACAGGAGAUUGUGGACAUGAUCCAAAAUGAUGGGGAUGUGCAGAAGUGCCAGCGGGCCAACACCUUUGACCGGCAUCCUUUCAUUGAGUGGACUCUACCCCCACCUCUCAACUCAGGUCUGGAUCUGGCUAACAAAAUGCCUUCUCCUAGAACUCUGAAGACUCAUCUGCCUGUUCAGAUGUUACCACCUUCCUUCUGGAAAGAAAACUCAAAGAUUAUCUACGUGGCUAGAAAUGCCAAGGACUGUCUGGUGUCCUACUACCAUUUCUCGAGAAUGAAUAAAAUGGUGCCUGACCCCGGUACCUGGGAAGAAUAUAUUGAGUCAUUCAAAGCUGGAAAAGUGCUGUGGGGCUCCUGGUAUGACCAUGUAAAGGGAUGGUGGGAUGCAAAAGACAAGCAUCGCAUUCUCUACCUCUUCUAUGAGGACAUGAAGGAGGACCCAAAGAGGGAAAUUCAGAAGAUACUGAAGUUUCUGGAGAAAGAAAUAUCAGAAGAAAUUCUGAAUAAAAUUAUCUACCAUACCUCCUUUGAUAUAAUGAAGCAAAACCCAAUGGCCAACUAUACCACUUUGCCUACCAGCAUCAUGGACCACUCCAUCUCCCCUUUUAUGAGGAAAGGGAUGCCUGGAGACUGGAAGAACUAUUUUACUGUUGCCCAGAAUGAAGAAUUUGACAAGGACUACCAGAAGAAGAUGGCAGGAAGCACCUUGACCUUCCGCACAGAGAUCUGAGAGCAAUUAAGUAGUCCAUCCUGAACUUUCUUAGAUUUUAGCCA